UCCCUUUGGCAGGUGCAACAAAUUCAAACAGGAUUGGAGUUAACUAUGGGCAGCUAGGCAACGAUUUACCACCCCCCUCCCAAUCAAUUCAGCUCCUCGAAAGCAUGAAUGCCGGUCUAGUGAAGAUAUACGAUGCUAACCCUGAAAUCCUCAGGCAAUUAUCAGGAACUGAUAUGCAUGUCGCUAUAAUGGUCCCAAAUGACCUAAUUCCAAAAAUCGCUUCGAACAGAGCUGAAGCGGACCUUUGGGUACGCGAAAAUGUCCUCCCGUACUACCCAGAGACCAUGAUCCGGUUCAUACUUGUCGGGAACGAAAUCCUGAGCUACAACGGCACCCAAGACCAACGGUUGUGGCGUGACCUGGUCCCGACCAUGACCAGGAUCCAGAUCGCGCUCAAGUGGCACAACAUUAGGAACAUUAAAGUCGGGACUCCACUCGCCAUGGACGUGUUGGAAUCGAGCUAUCCGCCUUCUUCCGGAAGAUUUAGGUUCGAUAUAUCGGAACGAAUCAUGGUUCCGUUGUUAGAUUUCUUGGGGAGGACCAGGUCAUUUUUCUUCAUCGAUGUUUACCCGUACUUUCCAUGGUCUGAAGAUCCUACUAACAUAAACCUUGAUUUUGCGCUAUGUAGAAGCAAAAACCUAAUCUACACGGACCCUGUUACCGGGUUAGAGUACAACAACCUUUUGGACCAAAUGCUAGACUCGAUCAUCUUUGCCAUGACCAAAUUAGGGCAUCAAAAUAUCAAGUUAGCGAUAGCAGAGACCGGUUGGCCUAACGACGGUGACAUUGAACAAUAUGGUGCAAAUAUAUACAAUGCAGCCACUUACAACCGCAACCUAGUACAAAAGAUGACUGCCAAACCACCAAUAGGGACACCGGCUAGGCCAGGGUUGAUAAUACCAACGUUUAUUUUUUCCUUGUAUAAUGAGAACCAGAAGCCCGGGCCAGGAACAGAGCGACAUUGGGGCUUGUUUUACCCUAACGGAAGGCCCGUCUAUAAGUUGGACUUGACCGGGAGAAGGUCAGAAUCCAAAUAUGCUACACCAUUGCCAGAGGCGACGAAUAAUAGGCCAUACCGGGGAAACAUAUGGUGUGUGGCGGCGAAGGGGGUGAAUUCGACAGAGCUAGAGUCGGCAUUAGGGGAUGUUUGUGGUCGGGGGAAUGGGACUUGCGCUGCGAUUGAGCACGGGAGGGAGUGUUAUGAGCCGAUUUCAGUGAUUUCGCACGCGAGUUAUGCUUUUAGUUCGUAUUGGGCGAAGUUUCGGAACGCUGGCACUAGUUGCUAUUUCAAUGGACUUGCUGUUCAAACCACAAGGGAUCCAAUUAAUAGGGAAAAGUCACCCAGAGAUUGCCUUGCAAGAGCUCGUGUGCUCGAGCAAGCUGUUAGAGAAAAUGUAAAGACUCCACUAAAGAUCGCAAAUCAAACUUUGGCUUUUGUUUUUUUUCUAACGGUUCUAUUAUCUCCUGCAAAAGCAAAAAGCAAAGAAUUUUAA